AUGACUUCUAAAGCGGUACGAGCGGUAUCGAAAUUUCACAUUACCACUCCAAUAUUUUAUCCCAAUGCAAAACCUCAUUUAGGGCACCUUUACAGCAGUCUACUGUGUGAUGUGCAAAAUAGAUGGAAGAAACUUGCCGGCCAGGAUACUUGCUUCACGACCGGUGUAGACGAGCAUGGUUUGAAAAUUCAACUGGCUGCUCAGCAGAAAGGUUACAGUAAUCCCAAAGCUUUUGUUGAUGAGUUGUGCGAGCAUUUCGUUCAUUUAGACAAGGACGCUAAUAUUAAGUUUACCAGAUUCAUAAGAACCACUGAUCCAGAUCAUGUAAAUAAUGUGAAAAAGCUCUGGAACCUAUGCUACAAUAACGGGUACAUUUAUAAGGGGGAGCAUAAAGGCUGGUAUUCUGUUUCUGAUGAGACAUUUUAUCCAGAUACGAAAAUCUUAAAGUUGACUAUCGACGGUCCACCAAUACCAUAUGACGGUAGCUUCGAUCCUGAUGCUAAAUACAUCAACUCCGAAUCUAGGAACGAGGUUACAUAUCAAUCUGAACUAAACUACUUCUUCAAGCUAUCAGCGUUUCAAGAACCAUUGAUCAAAUUAUUAAGAGAGAAUCCAACAUUCAUUUAUCCUCCUUUAAGACAUUCGCAAAUCCUGAGAGAACUUGAAUCCAAUGAACUGCGGGAUAUAUCUGUAUCGCGUCCUGCGACUCGGCUACAAUGGGGUAUACCCGUACCAGAGGAUGAAUCUCAAAAAGUGUAUGUGUGGUUUGAUGCGCUAUGUAAUUACCUUACCUCUAUUGGUGGUAUCGAUGCAAUUAGAAAUGACGUAGACUCGACACAAGUUUUGCACAAUAACAGAAGUUUUAUCGAAAAGCCAAAAGAGUGGUGGGAAAACACGGAACACGUUAUUGGCAAGGAUAUUAUCAAGUUCCACACAGUAUAUUGGCCUGCGUUCUUGUUGGCGGCGAAAUUACCUUUACCAAACAGAGUUGUUGUUCACGGCCAUUGGCUAAGUGGAGGAGUGAAGAUGAGUAAAAGUCUUGGAAACGUGGUGGAUCCUAUUCAGAUUAUCUCAUAUUAUGGAGCAGAUACAACAAGAUGGUAUCUACUUGAGAACUCUAAUAUCGAAAGUGAUGGAAACUUUAUUGAAAAAAACCUGUGGGAAACCAGGGAGCUUCUUUGCUCGAAGUUGGGUAACUUGAUAAACCGUUGCGGCGGUAAGAAAUUCUCUCUAGCCUCAGGAGUUGAACUAUUUUCUGGAAAACCCAUCGAGGAACUAAGUUCGGUCUUCCCUAAGGAAUCUCAGGCUGAAUUCACCGCUUUAUUAAAAAGUCUAGACAACUGCACUGAGAGUGUUAACAAUUGUUUCCAGCAAUACGAUAUAACUGGCGCCCAAAAAAUCUUAUGGAACAUUAUUAACGAAGCAAACAGUUUUAUUCAAUCAACCGAACCUUGGUCUAAAAAGGGCCUUGAAAAGGAUUUGAUCGUUUACAGCGCAAUGGAGGCUGCCAGGAUUAGCCUGAUCUUUUCACAACCAAUAAUUCCCAACAUUGCCGAAAGGCUACUAAACAGAUUAGAUGUUAGCUCUGAUAGAAGGACUUUGAGUUAUACUAGCUAUGGCUCUGAUGACUCUUAUGGCAUGACCACGAAUCAGAGACACAAAGAGGUUCCGAUACAAAGAGUGCCGUUCAGACUUCAUAAUGAAUAA